CCGCAAGCAGAAGUUCAUAUCACAACAUGGCGGACGAAAAUCUCAAGGGGGAUUCCACAGAAAAUUCGACGGGAUCUGAGAAUCCUGACAAUCAAGAGUACUACGAAUGCGUUAGAAAACUCUUGAGGCCUGUGGAAAAUAGAUGGCAGUAUAUUCAGAGUGUUCUUUUGUGGCAAAAACCAUCGCACUCGUUGAGCUAUUUCAUUGCGAUGACAAUUCUUGUCGGGAUAAUGGCAAGUGGGAAAUUCCGUCUGGUACUGCUGCUUAUAAUAUUAAUGGCGUCAUCACUUUUGAUGGAAGAUAUCAGAUGUAAGGUGUGGCAAUGUGUACAAGGUAGAUUUGAUGCUCUUACUGAUGAAGACAGUCGUCAAAUCACGCUAUCUUUCCCUCGUCUUUGUGAAAGACUCGCUGCGAUUUGGAGUUGCUUCGCUGCUUGGCGUGAAAAAUUGAACAAAUUAAAGGCUGAAAGCACAUACAAGUACUAUGCCGUUCUUUUUGGACUUUUAUUGGUAGUGGUGUUUGCUUACCAGUACUUGCCCCUGCUACCAAUAUUUUAUAUGCAAGCUUGUGCACUGUACUUUUGGCCCAUCAUUAAGUACAAUGGAAUACACAUAAUAAUCAAAAAGGCAGUGGAGCCAUUUUACCGACCAUUUGUAGUCCAAUGGCAAAAUACCAGGACAAAGCGAACAAGAGAUGCUGUAACAACAGGAACUAAAGGAGAAAUGCCAGCUGACAGUGAUGAUGAGUUUGCGAAGGAUUUCAGUCCUGUUGCUGAUGAUACAGUGGUCAAUGAAGAUAAAUUUGUCCCUUCACAAGAUGAAGAUUUCAGGGAAUCAGAACCUUCUUCCUCAGCACCACCUGUGGAGGUUAAACUCCUGGAAGGAUUUAUUACAUCAGUUGUAACUCAAGGCCUGAGUUCUAUUACAAGCAGAAAAGACAGCCUGGAAACACAAGAAAUUUCUGCACAAGAUACUCCAGAAUCUGAAGUUGGAAGCCAAAGCUUAAACAGCUCUACUGUGUUUGUUGAUAAUCUACAAUUUUCAUCAAUAAGUCAGUUUGGGGAUACUUUAGAGUUGGAGGAAGGUCAGUUAAUGAGGGGACUAGAAUUUCCAGACAUUGAAAGAGACUCAGAAUCUGACACUGAAGCUGUUCAACCAGCUGGGAAAUCACAGGUGGACAGUGAGCCAACACAUUCAAAACAAAUGGAAGAGGCAAAGGAUUCUAAAGAACAAGUUAACCAACAGAUAUCAGAAACACUUGAGAGCACCAUGAAAGAGAGUAUAUCUUCAGAUGUGUCGGAUUAUGAGAUGUUGGACCCAUCAGAAGCUGAAGGCAUGAUUCCAACUGAUCAAACAGACAGUGGCAAUUCCAGUCGACUGGGAUCUGCGACUGACUAUGUUGGAAAGUGGUUGGGGUAUUGAUAUGAUGUGUCAUUUCAAAAUAUUCUGUACUUGAAAGAUUUCUUGAGGCUGUGUAAUUUUUAAAUUCUGUCAAGUUAGUAUGCAUUUUAUGCUUCCUAUGGAGUCUGUAGCUGUUUGAUCUUUUUGUCAGUUGUGAAACAGAUUAAACAAAGAUGAGAGCAUGGGCAACUUCCUUUGUGCAUGAAAAUCUCAAUGGCAAUAUGACUCAUCUUACCAGAUUAUACUUUCAGAAUUUGGGCUUGGCUGUCUCCAUUGCCUGUGGGGUGCUGUAGCUGGAAAUAGCCAAUUUUUGCCAUGUGGCAUUCAUGUUUAUAAGUUGUAUGAUGCAUUUUCUUUUCUUGUAAGAUUUUUCUAGAAAACUUUUUUCUACACCUGAGAGCUCAGAAAAGCACAAUCUCUCAUGGGAAUGUAAUGGUUAAAAAGCUAUAAUACCUUGUCUUUGCAGUUUUUAUUAGGAAAUGAAGAUACCUGUAGAAAUGCUAUGCAAAGUUUUAGCCCUUGUCGUAGUUUUUAGAAAAAUCUUAAUUUGAAGUUUUUGGAGUUUGGAGUGUACUGCAUAUUUUUUUUCCAUUUGAGAAUUGAGCUUACCAAAAUUUAGGUGUGACAGGCUUGUGAAUCAGCCCAUGUUUGAGAGAAGUGCCUUUGCAGUCCACCAGAGACUGGAGUGAAGAGGAACUUGAGAGGGUGAUGAAGUUAAGCCUACUGAAAUGACAAAAUAAUAGCAUAUUCGACAUGAAAUUUGAUAGACAGUCAGUUAAGUUUUAUUCAAUUAUUAGUGAUUGCAAAUGCUUCUUAGUAUUAAUUUUUAUUGGGGUAAUCAAUGGCAAGUUUGGAAAUUUGAGUGAUCCAAUAGCCUUUGGUGCCACUUUGUUUGGUUUAGAACAGAAAUUGCUUAGGCUGUAUUUGUUGUGAAGGUCUUUUCUUUAAAGAAAGCAAGACUUAAAAGGAAAGCUUUCUAGAAACUAUAGCUCUAACAGGUAUUAUUUAUUUAAUAUACCAGCCAUCACGCAUAAUGUAACACUUGGUCUGGAACCAAUUGGGUGUUGUUCAAUUUUAGGGGAUAAAAGGAAGUUUCCUUGUUUUGCUUGUAAAUUAAAUUAAUUUUAUCACUUGUGUAGUCAUAACACCUAAGGAAUGAGGUUUUUAUUAAUAUAAUGUUCUAUAAAUAUGCGUGUGAGAUAAUAAAUGGCAGUAUCAGCUUAUUAGAUAGUGACACAAUAAAAGCUGGUCUUUGAAGUUAAGUUUUCAGUUUCAUGAAAAUUGAAAUGUCAGUUUUUGACAGGAAGCCUUUGCUUUUAAUAAAAAAUAGCAUGUAUGUAGGCCAUCAUAGGAGUGGCAGAGCAUGCGUGUCUCUGCACACUGGAAGAUUUUUGACAAGGUGGGGAGAGGUUUGCUUUAGGUCUGGCACUAAUAAUGAGUCACUUGAGGCCCCUUGCAGACCUAUUGGUAUUGACUAAGAGCAAGAUCUAGGCACUGGUUAGUAUCCAGCCAACUUGACUGAACAAGCCUAGUUAAUACAGGAGUUUUGUUUUAAAAUACAUGACAAGAUUGAAAUGAUGGUGCCAAUUGCGAAUGAAUCCAUUUCGCUCAUUCUUGACUGAUGUCAGAAUGUGUUUUGCAACUUCCAACUAUUGUAAAUAGCAUACAUUGUUCUUUUUUUGAAACCCAUCAUAAUUUUAAAUUAUACUUGUAGAUUCCAGAGAUGUCUACAUCCUUGAAGAGACAGAGAGCAAAUAAUCAGGCAAGGGGAAGGGAAAACAAACUCUACCUUCCAGCUGAAGCUGCUGAGUUUCCUCCCUCUUACUUGCCUAUUUGCCCAUAGGUGUCUGAGGAUCAGGUGUCCCUGACAACUAGCAGAGUCAACCAUGUGUUUAUACCAACUGUUUAAACUUUGCAAGAAUUUAAACCAAAGCUGUGUUGUUUGAAAGGGGGUUAAUGUUAAUCUAGGAUUAAAAGUUAGCUUUAAUUUCUCAAGUAGAGAAGUGUGUAUUAAGAGCUCAGGUUUUGUUGGGGUUUAUCUCGAUAUGACUUGCAACUAAAAGGAGAAAAUAAAAAA